AUGUCCUUGGAGCAAAAGGUCGUCUUCACGAAGCGGGUCGCGACAUUCCAGGCCGAGUUGACGUGGGAGUUGUCGGGACGUGGGAAACCGGAGUCCAUAUUCAGGGGCAUAGGGACGUUGGAUCUGCGGAAAGUCGAUCAAGUCGAUCAGGGACAUGACGCUGAAGAUUUGGACAAGGUCUCUCCUGGUCUACUAGUGUCCCACGAGUUCUUUAUGGGCGAUCAUCUUUACUACGACAUUCCACGAGGCCCCUUCCGCUCUAGCCAUGACUGGUUGAGCGCGGUGUUGAACAUCAUCAUAGUACACCAGACAGCAGUCCUCGAGAAGACGGACGAUGAAGACGAGAAAGAAGACGCCGAGGAAAUCUUGCCUGUGGCGCAGAGACUGCUCGCUCUUGUUCCCAAGGUCUUUCCCGCACAUCCGGACGAAGCAGAGACAACAGCACUUCUACCACCACGACCUCCAUCUAAACAACAUCUUGGUGAAUGA